AUGGUAGUUACCAUGAAUGACCCAGAGGAAAAGGCAGCAUUGCAGCACCACUUGGCAAGUGAGUCUGAAAUGAAAGAUCUUGGUGCUCUGAAGUAUUUCCUAGGCAUCGAAGUGGCUCGUUCAGAACAAGGAAUAUUUCUAUCACAACAGAAAUAUAUCCUUGACAUUUUGACUGACACUGGAAUGUCAGCCAGCAAACCAGCAGAUAUGCCAAUGGAGUUGAAUCAUCAGCUUGGUGAAUAUCCUGAUCAGGUACCCACUAACAAAGAAAGAUAUCAACGCCUUGUGGGUAAGUUAAUCUAUCUAGGACACACUAUACCUGAUAUAGCAUAUGCCGUAAGUGUGGUGAGUCAGUUUAUGCAUGCACCAAGUGAAGCCCACGUGGAUGCGGUAAACCGAAUUAUGAGAUACUUGAAGUCAUCUCUUGGAAUAAGAUUGAUGUUCACACGACAUGGUCAUCUAGAUGUUGAGGGUCACACUGAUGCAGACUGGGCGGGCUUUGUUACUGACAGGCGAUCAACAUCUGGAUACUUUACCUUUGUGGGAGGCAAUCUAGUAUCUUGGCGAAGUAAAAAACAGAAAGUAGUGUCAAGAUCAAGUGCUGAAGCAGAAUAUCGAGGUAUGGCGCACAGAAUAUGUGAGCUACUCUGGAUAAGGAAUUUGUUGGGGGAAUUGGGGUUCAAACCCAAACAUGCCACGCAACUGAAUUGUGACAACAAAGCUGCAAUAUACAUUGCACAUAAUCCAGUGCAACAUGAUACAACCAAGCAUGUUGAAGUUGAUAGACAUUUCAUCAAGGAGAAGCUCGAGGCGAAGAUCAUUAAGGUAUCAUUUGUUAAAUCCAAAGACCAACUUGCAGAUGUCCUCACCAAAGCAGUCAUAUGCAGGGUAUUUCACAGCUCACUUAGCAAGUUGGGCAUUGACGACAUAUAUGCUCCAACUUGA